CAUGCUAGUCUUGCAGCCUGCCUGGACUGAGCGAGGUAGGAAUCUGGUGUGUGUCUCCCUCCCGCAUCAGCUGGCAACGACGUCGCCGGUGUGCGGCCGCGGAGAGGCUGUCGCCUGCGGCUCGAUCGGACACUGGCCGCCGUCAUUCGUGGGCAGAUUUGCGUGGGCGCUGUUGUGGAAUAACGGAGGAGCUGAACCCAGGGAGAUGCAUCCACGACACUGACUCCGGGAUACCGGCGCGCUUACUAACCAUCUAUGGACGCUGCCGUGUUCUCCGCGCUCGCCCUCCGCUUCUUUGUCACAGGCUCAGCGUGGAAACCUGACUGAGGAGAGACGCGAAAAUGCUCUUAUAGUCAGUCUUCUGCACGGCAGGUUACAACAGUUAUUGCACCAUCCAGGCAGACCGUGGAAUCAAUGACAUAAGGUUUUUGGUGUUUAAAUCUCCUGAGAAGCAACACAGUUUGGCUGAGGAUCUAGUAUUUAUGAGAAAAGACGUUCCAUUUUCAAGCCACUGAAUGAAAGUCUUGUUUACCCCUGGCAACCGAAGAUGAUGUUACUAUGGAAACAACUACUUCUGCAAUCAAUCAUGGGCUGUCUGGCAGCCUUUUUGGAUAACAGUGAGUUCCAUGGGCCCAGAUGGCGACUGCAGCCCAGCGAUGUGACGCUUCCUGUGGACGACCCCGAGCAUGAGGCUGUACUGCCGUGCCAGGCCGAGGGACUGCCUUCUCUCCAGUACAGGUGGUCCGUGAAUGGGACGCCAGUCGAUUUCAGCACCGACGGCCGGCGCCGCCUCUCCGCGGGGAAUCUCAUUAUUGGACAUCCAGAUCGGACCCGGGACGCCGGGACGUACCAGUGCAGAGCUACUAAUUCAGUGGGAACAAUCCUCAGCAGCAGAGCGACCUUGUGGUUUGCAUAUUUGGAGAUGUUUAAGAGUCAGACGAGAAGCGCCGUCUCUGUUCGGGAAGGACAAGGGGUCGUCCUGUUGUGUGGCCCACCUUCUCAUUCUGGGGAACUUACUUUCACAUGGGUCUUCAAUGAGUACCCAAACUUCAUCCAGCAAGACUCGCGUCGCUUUGUGUCCCAGGUGACUGGAAACCUGUACAUCGCCAAAGUGGAGCCGUCAGACGUUGGCAACUACACCUGUGUGGUGAUCAACAGUGUCACCAAAGGCAAAGUUCUCAGCUCACCCACACCACUUGUGCUGAGAACUGAUGGAGCAAUGGGUGAAUAUGAGCCCAAAAUAGAAGUUAAUUUUCCAGAGACUGUCCCAGCUGCAAAGGGGUCAGCUGUUAUGCUGGAAUGCUUUGCCCUCGGAAAUCCAGCUCCCGAAAUCACAUGGAGGAGAGCCAAUGGUGUCCCAUUUCCGAGCAAAGUGAAGGUGCAGAAGUCAAGUGCGGUCCUCGAAAUCCCUGACUUCCAGCAGGAAGACGCUGGGGGCUAUGAGUGCGUUGCUGAAAACACCAGGGGCAAGAACGUGGCACGGGGGCGUCUGUCUUUCCAUGCAAAGCCCCAGUGGAUCCAAACUCCGACAGACACAGCUCUGGCCAUUGGAGAGAAGCUGCUCUGGGAGUGCAAAGCCAACGGGAAACCCAAGCCAUCCUACAGUUGGCUCAAAAAUGGAGAGACCCUCUCUGCAGAGGGAGGAAGGGUCCAGGUGGAAAACGGAGCUCUAUCUAUAGCAGCAGUGAACCUUUCCGAUGCCGGGAUGUAUCAGUGUAUAGCCGAGAACAAACAUGGCGUCCUCUAUUCCAGUGCUGAGCUGCUGGUGUUGGCAUCACCUCCUGACUUCACUGGGAGACCGCUGAGGACCUUGUUGAAAGCCAGGGCUGGCAGUGAGGUUGUGCUGGAGUGCAGACCACAAGCGUAUCCCCAAGCGGUCACCCUGUGGAAGAAGGGCAAUGAGAUUCUGCACAGAACCGAGAGGAUUUUAUUGCUUCCUGGUGGCACACUGAAAAUAAUCAACGUGACCAAAGCAGAUGGAGGAAGUUAUACGUGCAUGGCCAGAAACCAAUUUGGGACUGCAAGCACCACUGGGAGACUGCUGAUCACAGAACCCACAAGAAUUACCCAGGGACCUAUGAACAUGGAGAUUAUCGUGGGUGAAAGCAUCGUGCUGCCCUGCCAGGUGACCAGUGACCCUGCCCUCGACGUCUCCUUCUCCUGGGUGUUUAACGGCCAGCUGGUCGACUUCCAGCAGGACAAGACUCACUUUGAGAGAGUAGGAGGGAUUUUUGCGGGGGAUUUGAUGAUCCGGAAUAUCCAGCUUGGUCACGCUGGGAAGUACAUCUGCAUCGUGGAUACGGAUGUGGAGAGUCUGUCAGCUGCCGCCGUUCUCAUAGUGAAAGGUCCCCCCGGGCCGCCAAGUGCAGUAACAGUGGAGGAGAUUACGGACAGCACAGCCCAGCUCUCCUGGAAGUCAGGCAGGGACAACUACAGCCCCAUCAAAGGCUAUGUCAUCCAAGGGAGGACUGCCUUUACUUUGGGAUGGCAAGCCUUGGACACAGUACCUGAGGUCAUUGUUGGCAACACCCUGACAGCCACCGUAGUGGGCCUCAAUGCCUGGGUGGAGUAUGAGUUUCGUGUGGUGGCCAGUAACGCUGUGGGGUUGGGAGAACCAAGCCCCUCAUCUGCCAAGACCCGAACCGAGGAUGCCGUCCCCGACACCGCCCCGACUGACAUCGGAGGUGGAGGCGGCACCAAGUCUGAGCUGGUGAUAACCUGGGAGCCUGUGCCAGAAGAACUGCAAAACGGGGACGGUUUUGGUUACAUCAUCGCCUUCCGCCCACUGGGUGGGGCCACCUGGACGCGUGUCAUCGUAUCCACGCCAGAGGUGGCCAGAUACGUCUACAGGAAUGACAGCAUCCCGCCGUUCUUCCCCUUUGACGUGAAGGUGGGAGCCUUCAACAAAAGAGGGGAGGGGCCCUUCAGUGCCAUAACCACCGUGUUCUCGGCAGAGGAAGAGCCCAGCGUGACGCCCGGGGGAGUUCUGGCCAGGAGUGUUUCCGCAUCGCAGAUUGAAGUCAGCUGGCGGCCACUUGCCUCUGCCCCCGAGAGAGUCCUCGGAUACGAGGUGACGUACUGGGAAGACGACACCAAGCCCGAUACGGUGGGGAAAGUGAGGGUGUUCGGGAACCAGAGCUCCGUUAACAUCAGUGCCCUAACUGGAAACAGUCAAUAUUUCCUGACGGUGAGCGUGUUCAACACGGCCGGGACGGGGCCGGCCUCUCCAUCUGUCAACGCCACUACAAAGAAGGCGUCCCCAGCACAGCCCCCCAUGAACGUGGAGUGGACGCUGAUUGGCGCCCAGCUCACCCUGCACUGGGACCCAGUGGUCGCUAUGGAGAUAGAGUCAGAAGUCACAGGAUACCAGGUGUCAUAUCGAAGACACAGACACAGUGAAGUAAAGACCUUCAUGACAAACAAGACUACAGCAGAGCUGACCCUGCCAGCCAAUGAUGACUAUCUCAUCCAGGUCAGGGUGCUGAGCGAAGGAGGGGAGGGUGCUGCCACAGAACCCAUUCGAAUUCACAGACUGAGUAUGAGUGCUCGUGGAUCAGGAGCGCAGCGCCCGGAUAACAGCCCCUUGUCUCUGGCCGUGGCCUUUGCAUUGUCCACCUUCUACUCAUCGUUAUGGUGACACAAACUCCGUCCAGCACAGCACUGUCGAAGAUUUACUGGAGGAGCCCUUCUCCCUCUUCAGGGGGAUCAGUAUGGAUGUGUGACUAGUUCCCGCAGAAUCUUCUGGAAAACCUGGCAGCGAGCAUGACCGAGAGGGGUAAUCCGUACUGUAAACACGAGGCAAAGAGGGAAUUAUGAGCUUGGAUUUGUGUGCAUGUACUUUUCCUGCUUAUCAUUGAGGGGCACAAGUGCCAUUUGACUGCGGAGCUGUCCCAGGAUAUUUCUAUACAUAUUUUCACGAGGGAGCACAUGUGUACCUGUUACUUAGUUAUUAACCCCAACGAUCCUUGAAAAAUGAUGAAAUGCCUUAACUGCAUUUACAUACCAAAGUAGGUCAACGCAUACUUGAUAAAUGUAUCAUAUUUGCUCUCGCUAGUAACAGUUUCAGUUUUUCUAAUUCCAUUUUUAAAUUACUCAUUAUAAAUGCUUUUGUGAUAUAUAUUUUUGAUUAAUUGAAAAAAAAAGCCAGAAGCCAGCACUGUUGUAAACAGGUGGGGGUUGUUAUCAUGGGUCCAGCUACAUCGGGCUGCCUGCUACAUGAACAUGGGUGGUGGAAAUAUCACAUUUUUUUAGGCUGGGGCUAUAUUACAUUUCUCUGUCAUUCCCACCUUAUAAGGCUUUGCUUUCAUUGUCUUUAAUGCUCAAAUGUUCACGUUUUCAUUGUCAAAGGGUUGUGUCAACAUACGCACUUGUGUGUCUGUGAAGUUGUGCUCAUUAACUGAGAAAAAAAGUAAAGAAAGAGGGCUAGAUUUACGCAUUUUCACCAGUGCCUCUCUGAAAACACACGCUCCAUUACCCACAGUCAUUAAAGUCCAUGUGUCUUUUGAGUCUGGCACACCCUCUAGUAAAGGACUGUGCUCCCUAGGGCACGGUAGAUGUGAUGCUGUGCUAUUUUUAAUUUACAUAUACCCAGAAUUAAUACCUGUGAACAUUUGUAUUAGAGUAAGACAGAUUUUCUUCUGUGGAUGGGAUGUUUGUAAAGAAACUGCUUGGCUUAACGAUCAAGCAAAACACGUUUACAGAAAGGGCGUGUCGAGUGAGAAAGUAAGAUCCAAUGAAAGGGCUAGGGGGGUCGACCUGAAUGCAGCGAUACUGGGCGCAGAGUGGUAUGGUGGGACUGCCGCACUGGACCCAGUUUGCUGAAGGGCCGGAGACCAGCGAGCAAGAUGUGGAGCAGCUGGCAGGCAGGCUUUGAGACGACGGAGGCUUCUUCUCAACCCUUAGAGCACUUCACCUCAGCACAAGAAUAAUACAGAUUGGAAUUGCUUGAAAUCCAUCUGGUGGUCUGAUAUGUGACGUGAUUUAGGAGCCAAACGGACAUUUAAAUAAAUCACGGCUUGCUGAAAGGGAUCUGACGAGUAGAGAACUGGAAUAAUGGUUGUCAGAUCAGCAGCCGAUGAUUAAUGGAUUGUCACUCUCAAACAGAGCUGUACCACGACUGUGCCCGGAGAUUUUUAUUUGUAUAUAAUAAUUUAUUUAUUUUGAUCUCUCUGUCAUUCUAAAGGCCACAGGCCUGCUUGUGAAGUUUCUCGUGGUUUGUUUACAUGAAGGACACAAAAUUUUGUAUAAGGAAAAAAAAUCAUUUUAUCUAUACUGACUUGGUUGCUUGGAACUGGAGAGGAGUGA